CAAAUGAAAAACAUCGAACAUAGUUUUUGUCCUAAAAGCUAAAAUAUUUAUUUCUAUUACCAGUAAAAAGUGUGUUGAAGUGUUUGUGCUUAACUAUGAGUGAAAUUAGGCAUCGACGAGGUGAUGGCGACGGCAACGAAAAAGUGGAAACGGCUGGAGAAUCCGAUCAUGUGGAUUCCGAAGAGGAAAAGGUUUUAGAGGAGAAAUACGUCGACGAAUUGGCGAAAUCAUUACCUCAGGGUACUGAUAAAACUCCAGAGAUCCUCGACUCUGCUCUUUCUGGUCUUUCCUCGCGAUGGAGAAACUGGGUGAUCCGAGGUAUCUUCACCUGGUUGAUGAUUGGUGGGUUUUGCUUGCUCAUCUAUGGAGGUCCGCUGGCUCUCAUGAUAACGGUACUCUGCGUGCAAGUGAAGUGUUUUGAAGAAAUUAUCAACAUAGGCUACGCUGUUUACCGAGUUCACGGCCUGCCAUGGUUCCGUUCCCUGUCGUGGUACUUUUUGUUGACGUCGAACUACUUCUUCUAUGGGGAGAAUCUCAUCGAUUACUUCGGCGUAGUGAUCAAUAGAACUGACUAUCUCCAUUUCUUGGUCACGUACCACCGAUUCAUCUCGUUUAGUCUCUACUGCGUCGGCUUCGUUUGGUUCGUGCUGUCUCUGGUAAAGCGUUAUUACAUGCGACAGUUCAGCCUCUUCGCUUGGACUCAUGUGGCCCUGCUGAUCGUCGUCACCCAGAGCUAUUUGAUUAUACAGAAUAUCUUUGAAGGCUUAAUCUGGUUCAUAGUACCGGUUUCUAUGAUCAUUUGCAACGAUGUGAUGGCCUACGUCUUCGGCUUCUUCUUCGGAAAAACGCCACUGAUCAAACUUAGUCCGAAGAAGACAUGGGAAGGCUUCAUUGGCGGCGGCUUUUCAACCGUUUUAUUCGGACUCGUGCUAUCCUACAUGAUGUCUCAGUAUCCGUACUUGGUGUGCCCGAUUGAGUACUCCGAAUCCUUGGGACGUAUGACCAUGGACUGUGAACCGUCUUCGCUCUUCCGCCUGCAGGACUACACUCCGCCACAGUUCUUGCAACCGGUCAUGAAAGUAUUGGGUCGCGAGAAAUUCAACAUGUACCCGUUCAUGAUCCACUCGCUGGCGCUCAGCAUCUUCAGUUCGGUCAUCGGGCCCUUCGGCGGAUUCUUUGCUUCUGGAUUCAAACGAGCUUUCAAGAUCAAGGACUUUGGAGACGUGAUCCCGGGACACGGAGGCAUCAUGGAUCGCUUCGACUGCCAGUUUCUAAUGGCUACCUUCGUCAAUGUGUAUAUCACUAGCUUCAUCCGCACCGCUACGCCUCAGAAGUUACUGCAACAGGUUUACAAUCUGAAGCCAGAACAACAAUUGCAACUAUUCUAUGCGCUGAAGGAGUCGCUGGAAAACAGGAAUAUACUGAACAUGAUACCCUAGAUCAUUCUAGAGAAAUUACGGUAUAUUAAUUUCUAUAAUAUUGUUUUUGACCGAAAUUGUAAGUGCAGUUUCACACUUGAUGGAUAUACGCGACUACUGUAUGUAGUUAAAUGAAACUACAGCAAUUUUUAACUGCUUUUUUUUAUUUGUAUACGCGAUACAUGUGAGUUAUUUUAGUACACAUUUAUAUACAGCAUUUUGUAAAAGAAGUAUAAGAAAUAUUUUUUUUAUAAAUCGCAGCGUUUUUGUGAAGUGUGAUACUGCACUAAGGUAUGACAUAUCCCGAACUGUUUGUUGAAACAGCAUACAUCUUAUUCUAGUCUUUUUGAUUUUGUACUCAUUAACCUUUCAUGCACUAAUGACCACCAGAAUUUAUAACUACAAAGAAGAUUAUUUUUUUUCACUACUUAAAAUGAAAAAUUUAACUAUUAAAGGAGCCAUUCAAAUUUUUCCCAUAUUCUACGGAAAAAGUUUUCAUUGUAUGAUUUUCUCGUAUAAUCAUUAAUGACCUUGCUAUCGUUAUAUAUCACUUGGCUGGUACUUGCACUUUGUCCGUUGUUAUCUAAACAUAAUAGUUAAAUUAGUAGAAAUAUUUCAUUCAUAUUAAUCAUCAAUAAAAUCUAUAAAAGUAUUAAUUACUGAAGUGAUACAUAUUCCUCCCUUUUGUCUUUGGUAUUCAACAUCUUUAUAUGUUGAAGAUAUAAUUAUAAAUGAUAAAUGGUUGUAUAUAUAUCCUGUUAAAUCAAUUCAAUUACAAAUUAUCCUUCUCAG